CGCCCAAGGCAAGUUUCCGAAAGAAAAAUGGGCACCAACGGCAAAGUCAUUAAAUGCAAAGCAGCCAUAGCCUGGGAAGCAGGCAAGCCCCUUUGCAUUGAAGAGGUUGAAGUCGCUCCCCCCAAGGCUCAUGAAAUUCGAAUUCAAAUAAUCGCCAUUUCUGUGUGCCAUACUGACACCCAUCCUAUUGACCCAAAAUCUGAGGAGACUUUUUUACCAGUGAUCCUUGGCCAUGAGGCUGCAGGAAUUGUAGAAAGUGUUGGGCCAGGCGUGACCAACUUCAAACCAGGUGACAAAGUAAUUCCACUCUACAUGCCUCAGUGCAGAAAAUGCAAGUUUUGUCUGAGUCCACUCACAAAUUUAUGUGAAAAACUCAAUCUAGACAAAAGUCCUGUUGUUGAUCAAGAACUAAUGGAAGACAAAACCAGCAGGUUUACCUGCAAAGGAAAAUCAAUUUACCAUUUCAUGGGGAUCAGUGCUUUCUCUCAGUACACUGUAGUGUCAGAUAAAAAUCUUGCCAAAAUCGAUGAUGAUGCAAAUUUAGAAAGAGUUUGUCUGCUUGGAUGUGGGUUUUCAACUGGCUAUGGAGCUGCACUCAACAACGCCAAGGUCACCCCUGGUUCUACUUGCGCGAUCUUCGGCUUAGGAGGCGUCGGUCUCUCUGCUAUAACGGGUUGUAAAGUGGCAGGAGCUUCCAGAAUCAUAGCUAUUGACAUCAACAGUGAGAAGUUUACAAAGGCCAAAGCCCUUGGAGCCACUGACUGCCUCAAUCCUAGAGACCUAGAUAAACCCGUCCAGAAGGUCAUCAUUGAAAUGACCAAAGGAGGAGUGGAUUUUGCCCUUGACUGUGCGGGUGGAUCUGAAACCAUGAGAGCAGCCCUGGACUGCACAAAAGUAGGUGGGGGAUCAUGUACUUUCAUUGGAGUAGCCGUUGGUGACAAAGGAUUGACUAUUUCUCCACUGGAGCUAAUAAUGGGCCGUACUAUAAAUGGAACAACCUUUGGUGGUUGGAAAGGUGUCGAUUCUGUCCCAAAGCUGGUUACUGACUACAAGAAUAAGAAAUUUGAUCUGGAUGUAUUGGUGACCCACACCCUGCCUUUUGACAAAAUCAAUGAGGCAUUUGACCUUAUGCACCAAGGAAAAAGCAUUCGGACAGUCCUGAUCUUUUGAAGACACCAGAAACAAUUUGGAAUACUGUCUAACUGACUCUGAACCUGUCUGGUUAAUUUGAUAUGAUGAAGCAAGGAUCACCCAGAGUUUAAACAAAUAUCUACAGUUAACAUCUCAAAAUCAAAUAGCUAUAAAGAUUACAGCAUUUGUAUCCAUAAAAUACAUUUAACAUUAAUAUGCCCUAUGUUAAAUAACUAUGAUAACUGAUAUGUUUAUGAAUAGAAUCAUAUGAUGUUUCAGAAUUGUUUAAAACUAGUUCUGGAGAGAUGGGUGUGGGGAAUGAAGGGUAAUAAAUAAAACUAGAUUCACCAUAUGUGUAUAAUUUUUAAGGUUGGGUGAGAAAUAUAUGGGAUUUCAUUAUACUGUUCUCUCUACUUUUGUAUGUGUUUAAAAUUUUCCAUAAUAAAAAGAUUUUUACUAGAAAAAAUCACUAUUAUAUAUAUGUACAUAAGAUACAUAUCUUUAAACUAUAUAUAUCGUUUAUGUACAUAAUGAUAUUAUGUAAUUUCUAAAUUUCAAUAAGCUACAACCUACUCCUUUAAAAGGCUGCUAAAUAAUUUCCUUUUUAACAUCUGUUAAUUUCUUUUCUCUUAGCCCCACUUGACCACUGUGAACAAUAAUCAUAAGAAGUGGAAUAUCAGAAGCUAUAUAAAUGAAUAUAUAUAUAAAUAAAGAUUUUUUUAAAAUC